GCGAGCAGGAAAGGAAGAAGCACAUACCUUGAACUCAGACAAAACGGAGGGAAAGGUGAAACCCCCCUUUAAUAGUGGCUUCUGAAAUCUCCCAUUCACAAUGUUAAUGAGGUUUCACUCUGAAAGAAAAGCCCUCCCCGGCUUCUCAGGAUUACUGACACUUAGCACUCCAACAGAGAGAGAUGUGACCUUCUCAUCUCCCAUGUACUUUACCCAAAGGGACUCCAUCUUUACACCACAAUCUCCUACUUUAUCACCUCCUUGGGUGACAGAGGCACUUUCAACACUGGAGAAAGGAGAACAAGAACUUCAGAGCCUAAGGGAGAGACAGCAAACUGAAGUGGAGGAAGUAAACCGUGAAUUGGACAAUGCAGUGAUUGAAGCUCAGCGAGAGGAGCGGCACCUUCUUCAAAAGGUGGAGCAGGACUACAGGGAAGCCCAGCGACAGCUUAGUCAAGUGAGGAGAGAAAAUGCUGCAGCUGUGAGAGUUGUGCAGUCACUUGUUGAUCAGCAAAUUUGUAAAAUUGAACAGUUGAAGGAACAGAUCCAGAGAAGGGGUUUUACAGCUGAUGGAUCGAACAAAAAUCAGUUUCAAAGAGGCGUAGUAGAGGUGACACAACCAUGGGAAAUCUCUCUUACACUGAAAAGGGUCAGUUAUCUAUCAAGGUCCCAGUAUAAGACUUUGAAUUUUGGGGAGGUUGAUAUUCAUGAACAAGGUAUGACCUACCACAUUGGAGUGUGUGGUGACCAGGGACACAAAUGUGCCUUGCACUCUGGUGAUACAAAUUUCUCAAACAUUAAUCCUCGUGAAAUCCGAAAGGAACCCCAACCAAACAGAGGUGGGCAAAGGAGCAGUCCAGUGGAUAACAUCAGGGCAAACAGUGAAAAUUUUCGUGUUGUCCGGAAGCUACAUCUUUCAAGCUCUACAGAAAACGAGGAUGAGCCUAGACCAACAACCUCUCCCAUUCAAAGACAUUGUGGUGUAUCAGAAUCUUCCCAAGAUGAAGAGGUAGAAUCUCUCUGUUCAGAAACACAAGAGCAAGAUCUUUUUCUUGCUAUUCCCCUUGUCUCUAGUCAAUCUGAAGGUGAUGACUCAGACUGCAGACAUAAUGAAACAAAACGACGCAACAUGGUGAAAGGUAAAAGAAGGCAAAAAGCCCUUGUUAUGGUCUCACGUGAAGAACCAUCAUGUCCUCUGGGAGAAAAUGUUGAUAAAAGAAGCAAUGCCACGACAUUUUCAAAGACUAGAUGCAAGGGUUCAGUCUCCAGCCACAGUCUUGUAGACCUUUCAACAAAACAUCUUGCUCUUUCACAACAAAGCCUCUCAAAGAAGAACUCCUUUAGGGAAAUAGCAGUGGACAGCAGAGGUCCUUCAUCCCCAGUGGACAGUGAGGAUUCCUGCAACACCUAUACUGUAGAUGCUACAUGGAAUAAAUCUCUUAAGCAGGACCACUGUUGCUCAAGCUGCACCACAAAUCUUUUCAGUAAUGAACGUCCUUUGAAUAACGAUAAGACUGAGUGCAGAAAAAUAAGAAGAGUCAGCAGAAUGCGUCUUGCCUCAGAACCGUCAACAUUUGAGCAAGGCCAAGUAAACUUUACAGAAUCUAACAAGAGCAUCAUCAGCCCUAAAAGGCAAUCAAGAUCUCAAACUCGGGUUACGCAUAGUUUAAGUGUAAACCGUGUCAGCAGAUCUCUGUCCAUGUCAGCCAUCGAUAGGGACAAAAUAAAUAAACAGAAAGAAUCUGUGCUAUGCAACAAGGACAAGAAAGACACAGUCGAAAUGCCUUUUAGGGUAUCGGAGGAAAGGAUUGGUUCAGCUGCCUUAGACUCAGCUUACAUGGUCAAACAGUUUGGUAAACAAGGAUCAGGUCGAACUGACUUCAACCUGCCAAGUGGUGUCCAUGCAACUGCCAAAGGGCAGUUGUUUGUGGUGGAUUGUGGUAAUGCCCGAAUUCAAGUGACAGAUCUUCAGAAGAACGUUGUGCAGCAAGUCUCUCCCUCAGGUUCAGAAAGGUCUUCCCGAAUUUGCAACUAUUUUGAUGUGGCUGUAAAUUCAAAAGGCCUCAUUGCUUUGACCUGUGCUGCAGAACGAGCAUUGCUGGUCUUUAGCCGUCAUGGACGCCUUCUGCAAACAUUUGGUGGCACCAUGACUGGUUCUACAACUGAGGAGUUGGAUGCUCCAAGAGGGGUCACUGUUACAUGUCAAGAUGAAUUUGUAGUUGCAGACAUUAAGCGUGGCACCUUGACUGCUUUAAAUUUAGACCCCAAAACUGGGACUAGAUUACAACAUACAGUUGUAACUGGGUAUCACAGACCCUACUUGGUAGCAGCCUGUCUCACCACUGGCCUUAUGGCCGUUUCAGAAAGAGGCAAUGAAACUGGUCGUGUUCCAUGCAUUCGAGUCCUGGAACCUGGCUGGAACACCAUCAGAAUCCUUGGGGUCUGCUCUGGCCUGGGUCCUGUCCUGACCUGCCCCUGGGGUCUUUGUAUAGACCGUGAUGGGGAUGUCUUAGUGGCCGACUGGGGAAAGCAACACCACCGUGUACUCAUCUACCCAUCAAAGGGUGUGGGCUGGCCUCUUGUGACAGACAACCUCAAUAGCCCACGAGGGCUGGCGCUUCUCCAUGAUGGCCAAAUGGUUGUGUCAGACAGCAUGAAUCAUUGCAUUAAGAUCUAUCGCUACAAAUGAAUUGCAGAAGAACACAGAAAUAAAAAAAAACAAAUAAAAAAAAAACAACAAAAUGUAACAAAAAAUGUUUGUUAAUAGUUCAAUCUAGUGGCUGAUGAUUUCUCUUUGCCAUUUUGGACUUCUGCAGUUGUGGUUGUUUUGUACCCAACUUUUCUUCCCAGAAUGAAAAUAAGAAGAAUGUUUCCCAACAACCUUGCAUCAAUAUGUACCUGAGAGAGCGAUGUUUUAUACCUGCAUUGGCAGCUGUAAGUUUAAAGUAAUUUUCUUUAAUUUGAUCCAAGUCUUUUCGAAGGAAAUUUAGUUAUAUGCCUCACAUAAAUCAUCCUUAAUAUCAGGAGGUCAAUCAGAGUUAAUUGAAUUUUAUCAGGGGUCAUAAUCUCUAAUAUUUCACAAAACUCAACUGGGCCAUAAAGAAUCUGAACCACAAUAUGCGGUAACAAUACAAAGUUUUCAGGAAAUAUCAUGUAGUUUUAUUAAAUUAUAGGGAUGCAUUCGAGUCCUGGAACCUGGACUUGAAUACAGGUUUAUAGAUAUAGAUCAAAUUAUUAAUGAAAUUAGAUCUAUCUCCAUAUUUCAUGAAAACAUACUUUACUCCCAUAAAACCAAACUGAUAAGCAGCAUCUGAAAUACAAGGGUAUGAACUGGUUUGUUAACUGGUACAAAAUGGAAGUAAGAAGAGAUGAAAUUGCCAUGUCUGGGUUUGAAAAGGAGGCAUGAAUUGGCAAAGGAGCAAAUCAACCCACAACCUUUAAAUUCAAAUAAUGCUCAUAUGGUAGCCCUUUAUGAUUAAGCUGUGAACAGUAGUAUAGAAGACUACAAGAUACAAGUAAACUUAAGUAUUACACUUUUUGAAUUGAACACUAUAGCUCUCCCUUUGUACUUUAAAAAUUACAAUAAGUGAUUAAUUUAUACAGCAGAGAUGACCUAGAUGCAGUUUGAAUUUUAUGUGUAUCUUUGUUAUGAUAAAAAUAUAUUAUAAACAUUAUU